ACUUGCAUUCUUUUUCCUCCGGAGAGAAAGAUAUAUCGGACGACGUGUGACACCGGAUCCGCGCAUGCGCUCUCGUGGAACGUCAACGACUCGCCAAGAGCCCAUUGGUCGUGCCGACCCCCCUUCUUCCCCACUUCACAUCGUAUCACGCACUCACACAUACGAGUAGGUCAGCCCCAGCGCAUGUAGUGCCGUCCCUGUAGACCUCGGUGUCAGUUUACUGCCAUCAAGCCGAAUUGCGAAGCGUUUUCAAGUAGGGAAGAGACCCGAUCCUGGAGCAUCCCCGGACACUCUUGAGGGGAAAGAAGAUCUCCAGUGACCCUGAACGGAGGGGGCACUUGUGGAGGGGCCGAGCUCUGGCGUUGUGAAGCAAUGUCCCUGAGUCCCAAACAUUCUACCCCGUUUUCCGUGACCGAUAUACUGAGCCCACUCGAGGAAAGCUACAAGAAGGCCGUCGCAGCCGCUGCAGCCGCGGCUGAGAAUUCAGGACUAGGUUCUGCCUACAGGAGUCCCCAGUCUCAAGCAGCCAUGAACGUGCCCGUCACCAACCCUUACAUGCACAUGUCCCAGCUCUCCCACCCCAACACCUUCCCUACCCAGUACUGCAACGGGACGGACAUCUCAGCGCAUUACGGGGACGUCCGGCAAUCAGCACCAGGAUGGUACAGCACCACUCCGGACCCGCGCUUCGCAAUUUCCCGCCUGAUGGGUUCCUCGACAGGCAUGUCGAUGUCCAACAUGAACAUGUCCAGUCUGAGUGCUUGCAGCGUUGCGGCUGCGGCGGCCGAACAAAAAGUGACCGGUGGUGGUGUCCAGUUCCCGUUGACCCAACGCCGCAAAAGACGCGUCCUCUUCACACAAGCCCAGGUCUAUGAGCUGGAGCGGCGGUUCAAGCAACAGAAGUACCUCUCCGCCCCCGAGAGGGAACACCUGGCCAGCCUGAUCCACCUCACUCCCACGCAGGUCAAGAUCUGGUUCCAGAACCACCGCUACAAGUGCAAGCGGCAAGCCAAAGAGAAAGCGAUGGCCGAGCAACAACAGUCCCAGUCUCAGUCCCCGCGAAAAGUAGCCGUGCCAGUGUUAGUUAAGGACGGCAAACCGUGCUCAGCGGGUUCUGGGGAGGACGACAGCGGCGAUAUGAUGCAGAGCGACGGCUUGCAGCAACAGUCCACGCCGCACCAACACGCACAGCAACCCCAACACCACCAGCCGCAAGUCUCCGUCGGUGGUGCCCACAGAAACAGCUGCCUCGGCGACUCGUGCGCGCAGAGCUCAGCGGCCGUGGCGGCGCGGGUACACGCCCUGGCCGCAGCGCAGCAGUCGUCGACGUGUUCCCUGAGCGGUGGGGGCUCGGCCGCAGCGGCGCUGCAGGGGGCGCUGAACGGCAUGAGCGGGUACGGACAGGCCGUAGCCGGUAAUCUCGAUCUUAGUGCUGUUACCAACGCCGCCAUGUGCCCUUCAUACUUACAAUUGCAAGGAAGGACUUGGUAAUAGCUGGACAUUGAGUGAAACGAUUGAAAAAUUAAGGAUGAAUUGUUGUACAUAAUUCUGAUGUAAUGACUGAGCGAGGAAGACUAUGUAAAUAAUACUCAUUUAGUGACAUUGGACAGUUAUUUUGAAAAUUUAAUCCUAAAACUGAAUUAUAAGUGCAUGCAUUUUUUUUUUUUUUCGUAAAUAAUCACAAAAUAAUUCAACAUACCAAUGAAAAGCUGGAAAUUUAAAGGGAUUUUUCUUGUAUAGUUUAAAGAAAAAUUUGUGAUCCCCCGAUCGAAUCACACUUUUUCAAACAAAUUUGUUUCUUGAAAUAUGAAUCAGUCAGGAGAGAGAAAUAAUAAAGAAAUAGAAAACAAUUCUUUAAAUACCAAUAAAAAAUGCACAAAUUACCUAGUGUAGUCAAAUAAAAUAUUUUUCACAUAU